GAUGGUCUUUUCAGACCAGGAGACCUGAGACCGGAGAUCGUCAAUUAAAAACAACUUGGUACGGAAUAUACAGAAUAUAGCUGGUUUGCUGGUUCCCUGGAUUAUCUGGGAACCAGAAAAUUUCACCAUAUUGGGCAAAACACGUUGAUAGGCCGUAUUGCAGUGAGGCUAAGCCAUGCCACCAAAGAAGAAGGAUGAUGGAGCUAAGGCAGCCCCUGCCUUUCUGGGGCGUAUUGGAACAAAUCUGAAAAUAGGCAUAGUAGGAUUGCCAAAUGUAGGGAAGUCAACAUUCUUCAAUGUAUUGACAAAAAGCUCGGCAACUGCAGAAAACUUUCCUUUCUGCACCAUAGAUCCUAAUGAAAGUCGUGUACCGGUACCUGACGCCAGAUUUGAAUUCCUCUGUGAGCAUUGGCAGCCUGCCAGCAAAGUUCCAGCUUUCCUGAAUGUAGUGGAUAUUGCAGGACUUGUGAAAGGUGCCCACGAGGGUAAAGGGUUAGGAAAUGCCUUCCUGUCAAACAUCUCGGCCUGCGAUGCUAUAUAUCACGUUAUCAGAGCCUUCCCGGGAGAAGAAGUUGUUCAUGUGGAAGGAGAUGUAGACCCAUCGAGAGAUUUAGAUAUUAUACAUGAGGAGCUUCGAUUGAAAGACAUAGAAUACCUCAACAAACAUAUGGACAAUAUUGAAAGAGCCGUGUUGAGGGGCGGGGACAAGUCUAAAAAACAUGAAUAUGAAACAUUGAAGAAAGUUAGAGAAGCGUUGGAAAGUAGUAAAUGGGUCCGAAAUAUCACUUUCGAUGCCAAAGAGAUUGAUGUUCUGAAUAACCACUUAUUUAUCACAGCUAAACCAGUGAUUUAUUUAGUUAAUCUAUCAGAAAAAGAUUAUAGUCGUAAGAAAAAUAAAUGGUUACCUAAAAUAAAGGAAUGGAUUGACACAAAUGAUGCUGGGGCUACAGUUAUAUUGUUCAGUGGAGAGUUUGAGUCAAACUUGCUAGAUUUUACAUCUGAUGAAGAACGUGAAAAAUAUUUAAAAGAGCAUAAUGCUCAAAGUGCUUUAGAGAAGAUAAUAGUUAAUGGAUAUAAAGCAUUGGGCUUAGUUUACUUCUUCACAAGUGGGAAAGACGAGGUUAGGGCAUGGACUAUACAGCGUGGAGCUAAAGCCCCUCAAGCAGCUGGGAGAAUUCAUACUGACAUGGAGAAAGGUUUUAUUAUGGCAGAAUGUAUGGCCUUUAAUGACUUCAAAGAAGCGGGCUCAGAUGCUGCAUGCAAGGCUGCCGGUAAAUACAAGCAGAAGGGACGAGAGUAUGUUGUGGAAGACGGCGACAUUUUGUUCAUAAAGUUCAAUGCGGGCGCGGGACUGACGGCUAAAAAGAAAUAAUGAAGCACAGAUCACAUAGGACAUUUAAAACUUAACCAUUCUACAUUGUAGUUAAAGCAGCAUGCCUCCAAAUUCUUGCUAAUUUUCAUGAAAAUUUUGAAAAUGUAAUAAAAAAUAGAAUACUGUGAAGUGAACAAAGAAAAUAGUAUACACAUUGUAAAUGGCACUUACUAUCCAUGUAAAUUGCUGAAAUUAUUGCGUCACUAAUCCAGUAGAAAUAUGGUGAAAAAUACUGCAAAAUUGGCCAUUUAUCACAAAUAACAUGGAAAUUAUUACUUAUAUAUUCAACUUUUAUUCCUUUUCAUAAAUUCUUAAUACUUUUUUCUCAAGUUUCAUUUUCUUGAAAUAUUUUGCCUCAUCUGGAGGCAUGCAGUUUUAAAUGGUUCCAUUAUAAUUUAAUUGAAUUACAGAUAUGGAUGAAAUAAAUGAAUUGUGGUAGUGUGACAUCACUGUUAGUGUCACACACACCUGUUCGUCAACCCUUAUCUGGCUAAACUUACGUAUAAGUCUUACCCACGGCUUUGUAUUUUGAAUGGUCCAUUGUUUUUGUACAUAGAAUACUGCUACAAAAUAUGAAACUUUAGGGAACCAGACUAAUAUUACUGAAUGUUUAUGUAUGAAAUAGACCUGCUUUUUAUUUUGAACUGAUUUAAGUUAUGGGGAUUUCAAAAGUUGCAGAGAUAUUAUUAAAUUUUAUUUUUAAAAUCAUGAUGAAAAAUACAGCAAUGUGCUGUCACAUUUUGCUGGUAUAUUUCUUGUAUUCCAUUUCCCAACAACCUUUUAUUACCAGUGGAUUGAUCACAGGUGCUUGAAACAAACUUUUUCAAGUUUUAUACGGGCUAUAUACUAUAAUAAUAUAUCUUUAUAUACAUAUAUAGACCGGUUAUGUAAAAUAUUUGAUUAUGUGACUAGCGCCAGUGGGAUUGAUCAAAAAUAGUUGUUGUUAUAAAAUAUUCAUAAUGAUUAUGGUGAAAAAAGAUAAAUUCAUGCAUACUAGAGUGGAGCAAAUGGUAAUAAGUUAUAUUUAAUAAUAAUUUCACCAGAUACUGGAGAAGAAAUGUGUAACUGAAAAUCAGACUUUUUACUUAAACUAUUAUUUGAUAAUAUUUCUUAAUAUAAUAGAAAAAUUCAUUAAUGAUAAAAUUGUAUGUCUCAAGGCAGGAAAAGCAUUCAAAGGUUCCAUUCUGAUGUGACCUUCAAUGUGACCUUCUGAUAUUUAAUGUGACCUUCAAUGUGACCUUCUGAUAUUUAAUGUGAGGUCAGCAUCUCUGUUGCAAAGAUGAAGAAUUAUCACAUUUAUUACAAUAUAUAAUAUAUAUAAGGCUAUAACAAAACCAUGACCAACUUUAUAUAUUAUGCAUUUAAUCUUAUUUAUAAAAUUAAUGUUAAAGUGGUAUUAUGCUGAUUUUUUUCCGUUGCUAUGUUGAACUCAAUCUUUUUUUUAUUUGAUUCCUUAACAGUUUUGCAGACUUUUGCUACCAGAAUAAGAUUAGCAGUGGCUGGUCACGUUGAACGAAUGUCGCUUAACACAUAAAAGAUACAAAGAGAAAAUGAUGGGGGAGGGGGGAAUUACAGUGCUCGCUAAAGACAAAAGUUGCAAAAAACACAUGGUGGCAUGAUGAUCAUUGACCAAUAAUUGAUAAUGGAAAAUGUUUAGGAUUAAAUAUAAACACUGCCUAAAAUAUAAAAAAGAAUGUCCCACUCUUUCUAUCAGUUGAAUUCAUUCCAAAUGAUAUCUAAAGAGUUUUCUGUGAGUGAUGUGGGUUAUAAAAUUUAUCAUACAUAAGAACUAGAUUAUAGAAUUGAAAACUAUUAUGGCAAAAUCUCAAGUUAUUUUGACUUUGACCUGUACAUCGACCAUUUACACUUGGAUGGGCAUAAUGUCACUUUAAAGGAAGACACUUUACUUGUUAAUGUGCAGAGUAUGAAGGAAUACAGUUAUAAACACCUCACCACUGUGUGUUGGAAUCAUAAUGCCAGGGACCUUGAAUUUCUUUAAUGUGAGAAUGCUUACAAGCUUACUUACUAAAGGUUGGUGAAUAUACCACUAUAUAUACCACUGAAUAUAUCCACUAGUGCUUGAAAUAAUGCAUGUAGGGGCACUUGAGGUCUACCUCUACCAGUAAAGCUUGAAAGUCACCUUACUACCUACUAGUAUACUGUGUCAGUAUGACAUAAAAUCCAAUAAAAACAAAGGUAAAGAAAAAAAUACACUGACAUGCAGUUUCCUUGCUUGCUUAUAGUAAAUUAUAUAAUAAUUUAUGAUAAUGUUAGAUAACACUAGAAAGGGUUAUGUUAAGUUCCUGAAUUUUAGAUUGUUAAUGAGGUGAUGAAAAUAUAAUUAUGUGACCAAGUUUUAUUUGUUACAUAUUGGCAUCGAAGUUUCUUUUAUAGCUUGAUAAAUUAAAAGAAGGAUAAAUGUAUUUGCUAAAUAAAGUAUUUUAAACUUU